GCCUCUGCUCCUUUACUACAAGAGGUUUCCCAGAGCAGAGCCCUGUGGAGGUGUGAGUUGGGUUUGGGAGCCUGGAGAAUUGCCGCCGCCCCGUCCCUGCGCAGGUGUGAUCUGCUGGAGUCCCCGCCAGGGGUUCUGGUGUGGCCAGUCAUCUCGUAGCUGAGGCCAAGGGGGGACCACAUGAAAGAUGACAGAGGAGGUCAUCGUGAUCGCCAAGUGGGACUACACGGCCCAGCAGGACCAGGAGCUGGACAUCAAGAAGAACGAGCGCCUGUGGCUACUGGACGACUCCAAGACGUGGUGGCGGGUGCGCAACGCCUCCAACCGGACGGGCUACGUGCCGUCCAACUACGUGGAGAGGAAGAACAGCCUGAAGAAGGGCUCCCUGGUCAAGAACCUGAAGGACACGCUGGGCCUGGGCAAGACCAAGAGGAAGACGAGCGCGAGGGAUGCAUCCCCAACGCCCAGCACGGAUGCCGAGUACCCUGCCAAUGGGGGCGCCGACCGCAUCUACGACCUCAACAUCCCGGCCUUCGUCAAGUUCGCCUACGUGGCCGAGAGGGAGGACGAGCUGUCCCUGGUGAAGGGGUCACGUGUCACCGUCAUGGAGAAGUGCAGCGAUGGCUGGUGGCGUGGCAGCUACAACGGGCAGAUUGGCUGGUUCCCCUCCAACUAUGUCCUGGAGGAGGUGGACGAGGCGGCCGCGGAGUCCCCCAGUUUCCCGAGCCUGCGGCGGGGCGCGCCCGUGAGCAAUGGCCAGGGAGCGCGGGUUCUGCACGUGGUCCAGACACUAUACCCCUUCAGCUCGGUCACCGAGGAGGAGCUCAACUUCGAGAAGGGAGAGACCAUGGAGGUGAUCGAGAAGCCGGAGAACGACCCCGAGUGGUGGAAGUGCAAAAACGCCCGGGGGCAAGUCGGCCUCGUCCCCAAAAACUAUGUGGUGGUCCUCAGCGAUGGGCCUGUCCUGCCCCCGUCUCACGUCCCGCAGAUCAGCUACCCGGGGCCCGCGGGCAGCGGGCGCUUCGCUGGCAGAGAGUGGUACUACGGGAACGUGACCCGCCACCAGGCCGAGUGCGCCCUCAACGAGCGGGGCCGCGAGGGUGACUUCCUCAUCAGGGACAGCGAGUCCUCGCCCAGUGACUUCUCCGUGUCUCUCAAAGCGUCAGGGAAGAACAAACAUUUCAAGGUGCAGCUCGUGGACAGCGUCUACUGCAUCGGGCAGCGGCGGUUCCACACCAUGGACGAGCUGGUGGAGCACUACAAAAAGGCCCCCAUCUUCACCAGCGAGCACGGCGAGAAGCUCUACCUCGUGCGGGCACUCCAGUGACGCCUGCCCGGGCCCUGCCGCCUCCAGCCCCGGUGCCACCCUCACUUCCCCGAACCACGAGGUGGCCCCGAGAAGACGUGGCCUCCUCUGCCCGGCUGAUCUGUCCGGGCCGUACCUGCCUCCUGUUGGCCACCCCAGGCCCUCGCUCCAUGUCCCAGGCCACCGCUCCUGACCAGUGUAGAGAAGGGAGGGGCGGGUUUGUUCUCUUUAUUUCUGCUCCCUUGGAAACAGCCUCAGUCUGUUCAACCUGUUCAUGCCGUCAGCACCACGAUGAGAAGACACGGUGCAGCGGGAACGCACGGAAGCUGCCCGGGAUGGAGCGACCCACAGCACACCCCGGGGCCUCGGCGAACGCUGGGCUCUGAUCCGGCAGUGCAGGCGGAGGUCCCGGUCCCCAGCAGCCCCUGCUCAGCCCUUAGCCCUCACCUGGUGUCCAGCUCUCCAGGAGUGGACCGUCUGCUGGGAGCAAUCCCGGAGCCACCAGGGAGGCCGCAGCGAGGAAGCUGCCCAGUGCCUUUGGGGCUGUGCUUGCAAUAAAGCGUUCCCGGAAGGUCCGUCUGCAGGAGGGACGGCCGCUCGGAAAGAGACGUUUGGUGAUCUAUCCCCCGGUGUGCCAUCCACAUAGUGCUUUCUCCUCUUGCCUUUGGCUUAAGUUCACAGUUUUUAAUUCUCAAAGCGAUAGGUAUCUGUAGCCAUUUAUUGACACUAAAACAGAUGAUUAAGGAAAACAGCUGAUCUUUUGGGAAGGGAAGCUACCAACACUUUACACACACACAAUAUAUACAUAUAUAUUUUAUAUAUAUAUUAUUUGCUUUACAGGGUUUUUCAGGGUGUACAAAGGAAUAUGUAAUUGGUAGGAAAAGACACACAGAAUGUUUGUUUUCUUUUUUUAUUUACAUUUGAACUUCUUUAUAGUUUAAAUAUACUAUCUUGAGAUGGCACAUUCCUACAGUCAAAGAAGGGGUCUUGAGACCUCCUCAACUUGCAUACUGAGUUUUUUGGAUAUUGUAAUAAAAAAGUAUUACAACAAG